AUGACUACAUUUACUCCUACUAGUGAUCAUACAACUAAUAUCCUGCAACAACAGCAGGUCUUUGCUGCAGUAUCUGCUAUCAUACUGUGUACACAAUUCCAAAUCAUGCAGAUCGCUCAAGAAGAUCAAGGUGACAGCAACAGUGGAUCAAAGGAGAAGGCACAGUGGAAUGACCUAGAGGUCAAUGCCCUCCUAGAUCACCUUAUUGCAAAUAGAUCAAAGAUGGGAGCAACAUCUUUCAAGAUCAAGACGUUCAACAAAGCUGCUAGUGCUAUAGCAGCCAAGAAUAUCAGGACACAUGGCCCCAUCAAAACUGGAAUGCACUGCAGAAACAAGUUUACAUCACUCAAGGGUUCCUUCAAUCAAAUCAAUAAAUACUGCCACAAGUCCAGCGUUCACUGGGACCCUCAGAUUGGUGCCAACAUUGAAGGCACUGCUGCUGAAGAUGCUUGGAUGUCCUAUAUCACCAACCCGUCCAAUGCAGGCAUGAAACAGUUCAAAAAUGGCUGGAGAUUUUAUGCUAAGAUGGAGCAACUUCUGAAAAAGGACAGUGCUGCCCAUGGGGUGGCAGCAUAUAACCCAUUAGCUGAUGCAGCCCCUAGUGAUACCAGUGCUAUCACUGCCACAGGCUCAGAGGACAUACCAGCAGGUCCCUCUACCAAUAACGCCUCAGAGAGUGCUGGUCCAAGUAUGACUGAUGGGAUUGGUGAUGAGGUCGCCCAUGAGCCUAUUACUUGGAACAUACCAUGUCUUGACACUGGGCUCCCAGUAGCCUUGAGUUCCAUUGUAGUUGCUCCUCCUCUCUCAUCAACAUCCAGCUCAGGAAAGCAUUCUCAUUCUGAUAUGUUGUUUGAUCGCUUCCCUCCCACUUCCACCUCUGUGUUGCAGAUGUCAGAUACACUAUCAGACAAGAAACUCAAGCUUUUGACCCAGGGCAGUAGCAGGUCACACAUGAGCAUGAGCAAGAAGGUUGUAAAGGAGGCCACUAACACUGCUGUACUAAUGAAUCUUCAAGGCACUAUCAACCACUUGACAGACUCUCUCACUAUAGCAUUUGGGACAACUGAUGAGAGUUGUGUGGCAGAUGAUAGAUCAUGCGCCUUGCAGACCAUGCAAGAGGAGGAGAGCUUGAUGAAGGAUGACAAGCUUGUCCUUAUGCACAUGUUCAUGAGGAGCCCAGCAAUCUGUAGCACAUACAUUCAGAUCAUGCAGAAUGAUCUGCACAUUUCUUUUUUACAAAGUAUCAUUGAGCAGGUGAAAAACAGUCUCAAUUUGUAG